AGCGAAAAGCAGAGAAAGAAAUAAUAAUUCGUGUUUUGUGUGCAGAGUGCAAAGGGUAAAUAAGUUGCAAUAUCAUCGCAAUUGCCGUCGAUAGCCCUAUAAACCCGAUAAAGUGCCAGGAUUUUUGGAUAUCCAUAUCGUGCGCGCAGCUCUACUAUUUUCCCCCUUUGUUGACGUCGCAUUGUCGUCAUCGUCAUCUUGUGACCGUGUCUAUUCGAGUCCGAAAAAAGAAAGAAAAGAAAGUCGUAAAAUAUAGAAAAAAAAACUAGUUGGGGAGGAGGAGUCGCACACACAGGCACACACAUACACAGCCGAGCGGAGCCCCCACACACACACACACACACACACAACCAAAGGCGAACUGCAGUGAAGCAUCAAAAACAACAAUAACACAGAAACAUUGCAGCUUGCUUUGGAGCACUUAAACAGCAAUAAACAUAAACCAAAACGAAUUUAAAAGCAAAAAGAGCAAAAAAAAUCUAAAGCCUAUUCAAGCAAAAGUCCAAAGUUUCUGUAUAGAAAAUAAAAAAGCAAAUCAAACGCAAAAACAAACGAAAAUGAGAAAGCAAAAGGACGAUAUGCAGGUCAAUGUCGCUGGUCUGCGCAGAAACAUCAAGAACCUUGCGCACAACUACUCCGAUGCCCAGGUCAAAGUGCGCGAGGCAACCUCGAAUGACCCAUGGGGUCCUUCGGCCGCCAUCAUGAGCGAGAUAGCGGAGCUCACUAACAAUGUGGUAGCCUUUUCAGAAAUCAUGCAGAUGAUCUGGAAGCGUCUUAAUGACCACGGCAAGAACUGGCGACAUGUGUACAAAGCACUCAUUUUGCUGGAGUAUCUGAUUAAGACCGGCUCGGAAAAGGUGGCCCAGCAGUGCAAGGAGAACAUCUUUGCCAUUCAAACCCUGCGAGAGUUUGUGUAUUUCGAGGAGGGCAAGGAUCAGGGCACCCAUGUCCGUGAGAAGGCCAAGCAGCUGGUCACUCUUCUCAAGGAUGACGAGCGCCUGAAGAACGAGCGUGUAAAGGCGCAGAAGGCCAGGGAGAGAUUCGCCCAGAACCCGAGCGGGUUCGGCAGCGAUGGCUAUAUUGAUGGACCAUCGCAACGAGACCUGCCGCCAGGCUGGCAGGAGGAACCGCCUAAAUCGGUAUCCGAGCUGGAAAUGGUUCGUCCCCAGACGGCCGGUGAGGAGGAGCUGCAACUCCAGCUGGCCAUGGCCAUGUCACGAGAGGAAGCGGAGCAGGAGGAGGCCAAGCGACGCAGUGAUGAUGUGCGUCUGCAACUUGCCCUCAGCCAGAGUGAGCAGGAUUUCAAGGAUCCAAACGGACGACCUAUUCCUGCGCCCAAGAAGGAGGAACAACAGAGCCAUUUGCUAGAUCUGCUGGAUAUUUCUUUGGGGGCUACGAGUAUCUCGAGUCCGCCGCUGGGCGCUGCAGGCGGCGCCCCCACGGCUGUUGUCGAUCCCUGGGCCAUGCCAGGCCCAAGAGCUCCCAGCCAGUUGUCCGAUCCUUGGUCCGGUACUUCCUCGCCUCAAGUGGAUCCCUGGAACCCCUCCGCUGCCCCACGAACCAUCUUGGGUGCCGGAGUGCCGAUGACUUCGGCGCCAUUGGGUGGAGGAGCUGGAAACGAUGCCUGGGGAGCUCGCACUCAGUCGCCCUCGGUGGCCUCGGGCUCCUCCAACGAGGGUUGGCUGCAAAGCAAUGGUAAUGCCAACCAAAACGGACGUGGACCCACUCCGGCCGGCCCUCCUGCUGAAGGCUGGCUGAUAAAAUCCACUGCUGUCGGAGCUUUGGGAGCUGCGCCUGUUAAUCAUGCAGCAAAUAAUGGUAGCUCAUCUUCGGAUCCCUGGCUAGCAGAGCCAGCAGCAUCGGCGGCAGGAGGAGCAGCAGCAGUUGGCUUGGCAGAUCCCUGGGCGUCAGGAGCAGCAGCUCAGACGGGUGCGGGGGCACUGGAUGACCCAUGGAAAGCACUCGGAACUGGCGCCAUUAAGAAACAAUCCCCCGUGUUUGAUGAGUUCGAUUUGAUUACUAACCGGAACAAGAGUGAGCACAGCAAUUCCAACGCCUCCAACAACAAUAAUGCUUCUCUGCUCGAUGACAUGGAUCCGCUAUCGGUGAACUACGGAAAUGGGGGUAUAAAUAGCAGUAUGCAUCCGUCGACGGGGGCCACGGCAAAGAAACCUAUAAAGGAUGCUCAUUCUUUCCUCGGGGAGAACUCUGCGCUUGUUAACCUAGACAAUCUGAUCAAACCGAUUGCGCCACAGACGCAAACGGGUAAUCAGCCGGCGUACAAUCCCUUCAGCGAUAACGUAGUGCCACCGAGGACGAAUCUAUUCCAGCAACAGCAGCCAGCCGUGCCGUCCAUCAAUCAGCUAAAACAACAGGCCCCGUUUUCAGUCAGCAUGAACCAAGAUCCCUGGGCACCUGUAAUGGGCGGCGUUAGUACGACUUCACAGCCAAAACUUCCGCCUCCCGUACGUCCCACUAGCCUCAAUUUGGGGCCCUCGUCCGUGGGUGAAUUUCAACUGUUGAGUGCGUUUAGUAAUCCCAUCAUUCCCACCGCCCACAUCCCCCAGCCACAGGCCAAUUCGCAGGUCUACAAUUAUGCGUAUCAAAGUAGCAGCAGCACUAAUAUCCUUGGAAAAAGCAACAUCGCGACCAAUAUGAAUAGCUCUACCAGCAACAGCACCAUACACAGCUAUUACUCAAGUCCUAGUCCGGGCGUCGAUGGCAUUCGCAAUAUGGAUAUAUUCACCGAACGUCCAUACUUUAAUAGUCCAACAGCACCUGCUGAUGAUACCUACAUGUACAACAGCAAGGAUAAUAACAAUAUCAACAGCAACUAUGGUACUCCCAGACUAUAUUCAAGUUAUGCUGCCAGCUAUAGCAGCGCCCUAUCCGAUUCUCUGGCCGAAACCCCUGGAAUUAGUGUUGCUCCCCUGGGAUUUGAGGCCGAUACUGUCAUGAGUUUUGGUCCCUCAUCCUCGUCGGCCAAAUGCAAGCUGGAACAAAAUAACAAUAUGCCGUGGAUCAAACCGGAAGCAGCAACAAAUCCGUUUUUGUCGUAAACUGGCGCCGAUCAAUCACAACAAUGUAAGCAGGAGCAGCAGCGGGAUCAUCAAUUAAGGGAAAGUCAACUAAUAAAGGCCUGACUGGUGUAUAAGAAGCUGUCCAAUAGCGUUAGCAACAAUAGCAGCAGAAGCAAACAACUUUGGCUCUACAUAACUGCAGAGAGGGAAAUAUGAAUUAAUUAAUAAAUUAUGUGUAAGGAAGUAUUACUAAAGUGUAAAAUAUGUGAUGUAUGUGAGAGAGAAAGCCAAGAUCCAGCGAAAUAGAAAUUGAGGAGUUAAAUAGAAACAGCAACGACACCCAGAAAAGUUGUGCGCAGGAAGCUUACAAUUAAACUGAACUUGAGUCUAACACAUUUGCAAUAACUAAAUAUGUAAAAACCAACCCAUUAGAAAUCGCAAGGCAUACCCCACGCCAUUCAGCUGACUAUGAAAUUACUCUCCCUAUAAUUCACAAUCAAAUUUUAAUGUUUUUAAAGCUCAUGGGUAUGUGUGCCCCGCUUAAGUUGAGUGGUCCCUGGGGAAUGAUUCACUGUCAGUCUUCAAGUACUUCCUUAGUUGAUCACUUGCUGUUAAUUAAUUUCUAUCCUUGUUGGGGGAAGAACCAGAAGGCAGCCGGCAUAAGGAGAUCCAAUCGAGUCCAAACUAACGAUGCAAAAUGAAAUUUAAAAAAUUGUUAUAUAGCUUUAAAGAAUGCAUUGGUAAAGCAAACAUGUUUAAAACCAUGUUAAACAAAUUAUAUGUGCUUGUAAUUGUAAAUUUUUUUACGUUCAUUUUUGUAAAAUUUAUCGUGCGCGCAUGUUGCAGAAACCAAAUACAAUUAUUAAUGGCUUUUGUCUAUCGAUUUUUAAACACAUUUUUACGAUUUUUUCGGGUUGACAGUUGAUUUGUUUGUGCAUUCGCUUUUGGUCCACCUUCAAGUCACCAAUGCAUACGCGAGUUUGCUGUUGAAAAUUUUUAUAGCGACUAGUUUAAAAUUUACAAAAAUCUUUGAACACAUAUACAAAGAACAAGAUUACAAGAGCAAAUCGAAAACUAAAACAAAACAAAAUAAAAUGAUGGUAUACAUAUAGGCUAGAAUACGUAACGAAUUGUAUAAGAGUAACUUAAUGAUAAACAAAAUAUACAUAUAUAUAUAUAUAUAAAGAAAGCCGAUUCGGUGUGAAAU